CGCUUUCGCCAUAUUUUUAAUCUAUAAAGGAAGCAAGGGCUUGUUUUUUUUUAAAAUCUUUGAAUUAAAUUGCAGAAUUAUUCUCACAGGACAGAGACAGGUUUUUGUUUUUUAUUUUUUAAUAAAGCUGUGCGCCUUGUAACAUUUUUUGUGAAGAUGAACGUGUUCAGACUAACAGGGGAUCUCUCUCAUUUGGCCGCUAUCAUCAUCCUGCUGCUGAAAAUAUGGAAAAGCAGAUCGUGCGCGGGUAUCUCUGGGAAGAGCCAGAUCCUGUUUGCCAUCGUGUUCACUGCACGUUAUUUGGACCUCCUCACCUCUUUCAUCUCACUCUAUAAUACAUGCAUGAAGUUGAUCUACAUUGGUUGCUCAUAUGCCACAGUGUACCUGAUCUACAUGAAGUUCAGGGCAACCUACGAUGGUAACCACGACAGUUUCAGAAUAGAGUUCCUUAUUGUUCCUGUCGGCGGUCUUGCUGUCCUCGUCAACCAUGACUUCUCUCCUCUAGAGAUUCUCUGGACGUUCUCAAUCUAUCUGGAGUCUGUGGCAAUUCUUCCUCAACUCUUCAUGAUAAGCAAAACUGGUGAAGCCGAGACCAUCACCACCCACUACCUGUUCUGCUUGGGGCUGUACCGUGCCCUCUAUCUGUUCAACUGGAUCUGGCGCUACCACUUUGAGGGCUUCUUUGACCUGAUUGCCAUUGUGGCCGGUGUGGUCCAGACUGUCCUCUACUGUGACUUCUUCUACCUUUAUUUCACCAAAGUGUUGAAAGGGAAGAAGCUGAGCCUGCCAGCGUAACCAGCACAGACAGCAACCCGCGAAGAGGUGAUGUCAUGGUGUCUGCGACAGCCAAAUAACUGUGGCGGGGGAGGGGGGAGGUUAAAAAACACUAGUCGUCUCGAUGGGUGCCGACGUGACUGAUACAAGCACCAGAGCUGAACCAAGAUUAUCUGGGUCGACACUCCGCCUGUGAAUUUGUGUGUUCAGUAACUUGCCUUAACAUUAUUUUCAUGCUGUUUAAAUCUGAGGAUUUUUUUUUAAGUUGUAAACACUUUUUUUUUAUAUCACAAAAAGGGUUGACUAGUUAAUGAAAUGCACAAAUGUACAGUCUUAGAGUGAGCAUCAGAGUGCCUGAAACUUACGAGUUUCUCACUAUUUUUUUUUUUAACGUUCCAAUUGUUUUGUCAUCAGUUUUUAUGCUUAAUGUUGAGCAUGUAUCACAUGGAGCCCCGAUAGAAAUCUUUA